AUGACACUUCCAGCGUUUUUGGAAGUGCGCGACGCGGGUGCGGCUGGGCGGGGCAUUUUUGCUGUGGAGCCCAUUACAUGCGGUGCCCUGGUCUUUUCUGAGAAACCCAUCAUGUGGACGUUCCACCGCAGCGCCAAAUGGUCGCGCUGUCGCCACUGCUUCGGCGCUUGCGCUGACGUCGAGGGCUGCGCCUCCUGCGGGGAGGUGAGAUGGUGCUCCUGGAAGUGUCGAGAAAUGGACGAAGGACGACACGCCUUGGAGUGUUCUUUGCUGAAGGCAUUAGCGUCGUUGAAGGUGCCGUUGGAAGUACGCGAAAACGUGGCGCUGCUCAUCUCCCUCCGCGCCUCCGUUGCCGGCACCGGCCUUGGCACCGAUGCGUCCGUCGCGGAAGCCGCGCUGAUGGCGGAGCCCUUGGGGCGGCCGGGCGCCAAGCGCCGGGCGCGCUGCCGCAGCGAAGCCUGGAAGGUCUUUGGCAGGCUGCUGCAGGAGGUCAUGGCAACCGAUGUGGAAGUGGUGAAGUCACAAGAGGCGUUGGCUGCGUUGGCGGCGAUGCCCCUGAAUGCAUUUGGCUUCUGGGAUGCUGGCACAGAUGAUGGCCAUUGCUUACUGCCCACGGCCUCGUUUUUCAAUCACAGCUGUGAACCAAAUUGUUUGCAUCGUAUGGAAGAGGGCCACGUGAAGUUCUACGCCCUGCGUGACAUUGCGAUCGACGAGGAGUUAACCUUCUCCUACAUUGAUGAGGACAUUCCUCCAAAGGAGAGGAAGGAACUGAUUUUUUCCAUGCCGAAGCGCCAGGUCAGCCACAUUGGGUCCAUCUUGCAGAGCUGUGCUCAGAUGCACUGGCGCGACGAGCACCUGCUCUGUGGCUUGACGGAAGCCUUUCGUUGCGCCUGUGAGCUGCGUCGGGGCUCGGUGAGGGAUUAUUCGGUGAUUCUGCAAGCACUCCGGAGGUUGAACUAUUGCCCUUGGGUCGGGGCAUUAAGGCCCAUCAUCGCGGAUCUGCGCUGGCGGCUCCGAAAGCAUCGUUGGCGUCCUCUGGAUUUGGUGCUAGCCUUGCGAUUUGUGGCCGGCUUUCAAGUGCAGCAUUUGCCGCAGGUUCGCGCGGAAGGUUUGGCACUUUGCCGUGAGUUGCGCAUUCGAGCCGAACAACGCAUGGGCGAGAUGAGGCAUUUGGAGCUGGCCCACUUUGCGCGAGCCCUUGUGGUCCUGAACCAAAGUGGUCUGCCGGACAGCCUUUUGCUGGAACGGCUGGCUGACAACUUCUCUCGCCGUGCCGGUGAGCUUCCCUUAGGUGCUUUGCUGCACAUGUGUAGCACCUUGCGGGGAGGCCCAGAUCCACGUGCGCUGCUGGACGAAUGCCUGGACGAAUGUCUGGACGAAUGCCUCCUGGGUCUCUUUGACACCGGAUGGGCCUCCCUUUUGUGGGCAAGAAAGCUUACCGCCAAGGCGGACGCGCCCAGUGAGUUUCGCGCGGUCCUGGUGGAGAAGGCUCAGGCGGAGACGAGGCACGAGUGUAGCUGGGGUGAAGAAGUGGAUCUGUGA